GACCGAGGCAGAUGGCGGCGACUGACAAGUUUGCAGCAGAUGAGGCCGUGGAGACUGAGAAUCCGGGAGCUCUGAAACCCGGGGCCGCCCCCUUCGGAAAUUUCCCUCAUUAUUCUCGCUUCCACCCUCCCGAGCAAAGGCUCCGCCUUCUACCCCCGGAGCUUCUUCGACAGCUCUUCCCUCCCGAGGGUCCCGAGAGGAGACCGAUCCUGGGGCUCGACGUGGGGUGUAACUCCGGGGACCUGAGUGUAGCUCUGUACAAACAUUUCCUUUCCCUGCGUGAUGGGGAGCCCUGCUCAGGUGCCUCCAGAGACCUCCGUCUCCUCUGCUGUGAUAUAGACCCAGUCCUUGUGGAGAGAGCUGAAAAAGAAUGUCCCUUUCCCGAUGCUUUGACCUUUAUCACCCUGGACAUCAUGGAUGAAAGGAACAGGAAGGUUCCCCUGCGUUCUUUCUUGAGCCAGUUUGGGCGUUCUGCGUUUGACAUUGUGUUCUGCAUGUCAGUAACCAUGUGGAUUCACCUGAACCAUGGGGACCAUGGUCUGUGGGAAUUCCUGGCCCAUCUCUCCUCUGUCUGCCACUACCUCCUUGUGGAGCCACAGCCCUGGAAGUGCUACCGGGCCGCCGCAAGGCGGCUCCGAAAGCUGGGACUCCAUAAUUUUGAUCACUUCAGCUCUCUCACCAUCCGCGGCGAUAUGACCAGCCAGAUCGUGCGGAUCCUGACGCAGGACCAUGCGAUGGAAUUAGUGCACUGCUUUGGCAACACCAGUUGGGACCGAAGCCUUCUGCUUUUCAGAACAAAGCACACCACAGAGCCCCAGUCCCUGAAUGACUGACAGAAGAGACAGAAAAGAGCAGACCAGAAUUCUGAAGACAGGAGGAGGACAAGCAGGAAGACCAGCAAAGACAUACUGCACCGAGAGUCAUGUUCGAAUCCUGGAGCGAUUGGGCGGGCGGCCUCCAGACCUGGCAGGAGCUUUUGGCAAAGUGUCUGAAGCAAGCAACUGAAAGAAUUAGUGUCUGUGUUCCUGUCGUUUGGAUAGCUCUUAAGGGGAAUGAAUUCAUAGAGCUGUGAGCUAGGCAGUCUGGACGAGAUUGUGGUCCUGGGAAGUGAAACUUGAUGGGGAAAAGUCCUGUUGUCCUAUUGGUUUAUUAAAUAAAGCACUGUUGGCCAA